AAACUCUUUUAAACUAUUUGAAGCUUUGUGAAACUAAUCGGAGCGAUGGAAACUGAACCGGGGGAGAAACGGCGAUGCCACCAUCACCGCCCCGUCAAAGACACGAGAGGUCGAUUAGAGAGAAUCGAAUCACUACGCACACUUGGAUCUCCUCUCCUCGCUACAAUCCACCAUCCCCGACAUAGUCCCAUUUCUCGAUUCUUCAACAAGUGUGGGGAAGAUAUGAGCCGUUUAAAUAAUACUCAGUACUUUGUUAUCAAGAUUACAGGGGAUAAAAUCCAUUUAACUGGUCUCAUCAUUUGCGUUGAUCAACCAAUUUGUAUGUACUAGAUAGUUCUCAAGAAUUAGAGUUCUCAGCAUUGUGUUUGUUGGGUUACUGUCAGGUGAAAAGAAAAAGAAAAGAUACAUAUAAGUUAUAUGAUAUAACUGAUAGUUAAUGACUUUUGUUCAAUGUAGGUUGGAAGCAAGGGGUUUCUAUCUAAAAUAUCACAUUAUGACAAUCUAGUGCUUAAUGUUUUUGACUUGUUCAUCUUCGUAACUUCUAGCUUCCAUACCAUACAUGUGUGUGUUUUUCAACUGUUUUUUUUUUACUUUCUAGCUUCAAUCUUUCUGUAGCGGAAGCAAACUUCUUUCUUUCAGAGACAUUUUCGUGCUUCACAUACCGACGUUAGCCUAGGAGACUGUUCCAUUCUUGAUACAUGUCGUCACAUGAAGACUUGCAUUACGAGCUUGACAUGACUGACGCUAUGAUGGCUGGUCCAGGCAAGCCCCUGAAGCCUCUACGUGCUGAUUACUGCUCCGAAGCUGAACUUGCCGAAGCACAAUGGAACUUCCAUAUGGAACAAUGGCUGAUGACGAGAUCCCCUCGACUCAGUGUUCCCUCGUUGCAGACUGAUGGUUUGAUUUUCCUCUGGGUCACUGGUCGUGCAAUGGAGCUAGGCCCCGAAGGGUACUUCAGAAAACUCUCUGCAAAGUUUAGGUAUCAUGUGAUUUCCAUUUACAUGAAGUUUGGAGCAUUGGGGGUACAACCGAGUGGAAGAGAUCAUAUGGGUAAAGACAAAUCAACUUCAACGUAUAAUAAGAACAGGAAGAACAGGUCACUGGCUCAACCAUCGCGAAGAGCAUUUUGUCUAAUUGGAAUCAGAGGAAACCAGAAGUCAACAGAAACAUUGACACGGAUUUGAUUGUUACAGAAGUUAGAGAGAUAAGUCGGAAGAGAGAUAUGUCCAUACUGAUUCAUAAUGUAUGGUUUUUGAGUCUUCUUGUGAUGAAAAUGAUCCAACAGUUUUUUCACCUUACCAGAUGUAUGCAAUGUUAGAGAGGAUCAUGCCAAGAGCAAGGAAGCUUAAGUUAUUUGCUCGUAUGCACAAUGCUCAUGCCGGAUGGCUGUCACUUGGGAACCAGCUUAGUGGAGUCCUGUUAAUAAACGAAGGUCUUCGAGCUCGGAUUUAGAUGUGCAACCACCAUCACCACCAAGAGCCUCAACAGUGGAGACAGGACAGCGAACCAAUGACUAUUGACUCCAUCACAGCUUAGUUGAAUAGAAACUAGAGCCAGAAGUCAAAGUUUUGUAACAGAAUGUUCAGCAUCAGUAAUAACAAUAUCAGUAUUUUGGAAAGACUUGACAAUCUCAUCUGAAGUUGUAAGUAGAUUAAUAGCAGUUGAUUAGUAAAAUGUAUAAAUAUAUAAUUGGAGAUAUUUUUUUAUCAAUUGGUCAUGUUCCAUU